GUGCUUUUCAUGCAGAUUUGCCUUUUUCGCAUGCUGUUCGAUCUGUAGCAAUUGUAUUCGUGCUGGCUAUGCUAGUCGGUGGACGCUAUAAAAAUGUCUUCACCCAUCACUAGCCUCGACGUCGCCCGAUACCAAUGCCUACCGGACUCUACAACCCUUUCAACGAUUCACAUCCGGCCUUUGCUGAGUACAAGGCAAUGUCGUUGGCAUAUGCCGAAGCAUACUAUGACUUCAAGCCCGCCGAGACACAACAAAAGAAAUCAUGGUUAUCUCGCGUGCUUUGCUUCUCUCUGCAUGCAGGGCUCGUCUUCAUUCACCUCCUCCUCUUGUUGAUAUGUAUCACUGGAGUUGAACAUAAUAUUGUUUUUCCCAUCGGAAAGGAUAGUGAUAUCUUAUCCACCGUCAUAGUUCAGGCGUCCCAAGUCAUUGUUACGAUAUACCUGGCGGUGCUCGUCUUCGUUAGUCAGCAACUGGCUACUCGGCGAAAUCUGCAAACGAGACAGACCUUGACAGCCACGCAUGACAAUAUAUCUGCCUGGACAGGACUGGGAGCUGCUUUGCUUGCCAUUUGGCGCCAGACAUCCAUCGCAGCUAGCGUCGUCGGAGCUCUCUGCGUGGCUGCGUAUUUCGUGUUUGCCGCCGUUCUGCAUAUCACUACACCUGCGAUCUUCAGCCUCCAGCCGUUUAAUACGACCCGCUAUACAGCGAUAUCUACUACAUUGGGGGCGCCCAACAUCUCGGUCAAAAAUCUCGGUUCCUCUAAUCCUUCGAGUUUCUUCCUCGACUCUACUCCCGUCAUUCCGUACCUUUCCAAUAGUGAUCGCAUUUCCAAGAUCGGCUUGGAGAACGGGACACUUUACGAUGUGCUCUCCGACAAUCCGGGCCAAGGAGAUGUCCACGUCAAUGCUGUGACGUUCAACGUCAGUUGCGGAUACGUAGAUGGUGCAUCGGUUGCCCCAAUCAACAGUACAGGCAAUUGGACCGUCGGCACGGUUUAUGAUGACCAGGUUAAUCCUAUACCUGUUCUCGCGCCGAAUACAAUCAAAUGGUUGUCUUUCCACAGCGACAAAUUUCAAGAUCCUUCGCGGAAUGUGAUGUUUUAUACAUCGGCUAACAUUACCGACUCUCAAGGCUCGACUGGCAACCUCGUAGACUUGAAUCCUCCCAUGCGACCUGGUGCCAAUAUGGACUCCUCACGCAAAAAUGUCAGUUAUUUCGACGAGACGACUGUUUAUACGAUGCAGCUCAUUGGUUGCACCGUCACUCUGGUCAACCAGUCCGCGGUCGUUGACGCGCAAACUCGGCUCCUUCGAGACGUACACCCUUUGGGUCACAAAGUGUCCUCGACGUGGUCUCAGUGGGAUCCUGUAAUGAUCCCCGGCAAUGCGACUGUCUCAUCUUCUCCAAAGAGUUCGACGGCGAUCCUUGGGCGCGGUGAACGGGCUGUUACGCCACGAAUCAAGAAACGGCAGGGUAGUGGGUCAGGACAGGGUUCACCUACUCCAGCACCCGCCCCGCCGGAUAACACGCCGGCUCCAGAUCUGGGGCCUCAGAAUACUCCCCAACCGCAACCACCCUCGCCAAAUCCACCAUCUCCAGACCAGGGUCCACCUACACCUCUUCCUCCAGAUUCUUCGCCGAUGCCGCCACCACAGGAUACACCGCCAUCGCCAAAUCCUAACGUCCCGACAACCCCGCCGAUGCCAGAUCCGGGAGCUCAGAACACCCCUCCGCCUGGAUCCGCUCCUUCACCCAGUCCGUCAUCACCAGAUGGUCUUCCACCUUUGUCGUUACCAUCGGACAGGGUUCCGCAAGUUUAUGAGCCCCAAGACCCAAAUGCAAAGCCUGCGAGUCAACAGGGUCAACAAAACCCAUCGCCGCAAAAUAAUCCCCCAACAAAUCCUUCGCCCCAAGGCCCUCCAUCUCAAGAUAACUCGCCUCAAAAUCCCCCGCCUCAGAACAAUGCACCCCAGAAUUCUCCACCCCAAAAUCCUUCUCAGGAUAAUUCCUUGCCUCAAAAUUCUUCGCCCCAAAAUUCUCCAUCAGAUAAUUCCUCGCCUCAAAGUCCCGCGGGAAAUCCACAGACGAAUUCCGGCCCAGAUUCAGGUUCUCCCCCUUCUCCUGCAGAUAACGCCGCUCCUGGAUCACAACCUCAGGAUACUGGUAAUGGAGUGCAGGAUGCAGGGAACCAGGGGGCUACUCCAGAUCAGGGUUCCUCGCCUGUGCCUGGUUCUAAUCCGGGUUCUCAACCUGCGAAUGGAAACACACCGGCCGACCAGCCUGGUUCCAACGGUAACCCCAACGCCAGUCCUGGGCAGGACAACGGAAACAUGCCAGGGUCUCAGCCCAAUCCUAGUCCCGAUACUCCGUCUGGUAAUACCGGGAAUGUACCAUCCUUCCAAACGCCUGGGGCCAGUCCCAAUGCCGGCACCAGUGGUGGGAAUUCACCGUCAGCUCAAAGACCUGGUCCAACCAAUAUCCAACCGGGCAAUUCACCGACGGGCCAGUCGACCGGCGCCGGUACUGCCUUACCCUCGAACAGCCGGGUGGGCUCAUCAGCCCUAAACCCCGGCACGGUAACGAAGGCUUCAACCUCUGGUGCUAGUUCAGCGGCGACACAUAUGUCUAGUUCGUGCUCUCCGUCAACAACGACAUCCAGCUGUACGUCCGGCACCUGUACAACUACAACUGUGAUGCAUAGUUGUACCACUAGUGCUAGUAGUAGUGCAACUGCGUCGCAUAAAUCCGCGUCUUCCAUUGGUACGAAGCCGACCGCGACGGGUAUUAGUGGCAGAGCAGAACCUGAGGCCCCUGCAUAUUAUGACAUGCCCAACGCAUUGCUCGAUGUGUGGUGGAACCUCUUUGACCAGGCUGCUAUCAGCCGUUUCCCUUCGACUGAUGACUGCCCUGGUUUCCCUUGGACCAACCCUGAGUCUUGCAAUCCUUUGACUGUCGUUGAACAGUUUGUGAUGGAAAAUCUCGGUCUACAUCCUACUCUACUGGACAGUCCCGUACGACAAGCACCCCAAAUCGCGCUCCACGAUUUGGAGAACUCUCUCGCGAGUGCAACGGCGGCGUCCUAUUGGGCGGCGUUGUACGCCAAGGCUGGUGGAUUGAAGGACGACGAUCCCAAUGACGCAGCCAAUUCUAAAAACAUUGUGGCAACUCCAAUGACCGGAAAUGCGACCAUAGCGUAUGCUUACACUGCCACGCGGUUGAAUAUCAACCUUCUUCCUCUCCUCGCUGGUCUAGUCGCGUCCAUAUGCCUCCUUCUUCUCUCAUUCCGAUUGGUCGGAAAGGGCUCCCGUGAAGGAGAAGACUCAGAUAUAGAUGCAAUAGGCGUCUUGCAAAUCCUGUGGCUCAUGAGUAUGCGCCCAGACUUGCAGAAGAUUAUUUCCGAGGUCGACGAUCCGACGGUAGACAACCUACGAAAGUCGGGAAUGGUGAAUACGUCCUUGCAUAGAGAUGAUGACGACGUACAGCUACUCGCGCCUGUGGCUCUCACUUAGGUAGCGAACAGAAGGAAAGUGUAUGAGUCCUGACGAACUAUUGUACUAGUACUAUCACGAUGUGAACAUGAAACCCAACUUUGCAAAUUGCGC